UCAGAGAAGAAGAGGACCGGAGGAGGAAGAACAGUAGAAAGGGUAGAGCCGGUUGGAUUCAACAGCUGCCCUUUGCUCCCUUUUGUAGUAGUCUCCGUGAGCUGUGGGCCAAAUGGACAGCAUGGAGGCCGCUACCUGACUCACAGGCAAUGAGCGGCCGCGACCACCGCCAUGCCCCGCCGCCGCACCGCGGCCACGACGCCGCCGCGGGCACUGCCUUCUCCAGUAAGAGGAGGAGGUGGGGCGGGAUGACGGGAAGCCCCUGCUCCAUGGUCUGGAGGAGGGGCGCCUACGAAUCCACCGCCACCGGCUCCCCCUCCGCCGCGGCGGUGGCGGCACAUGCAAACCCCAAUGCCGAUUCCCCGGAGCCCCCCAACCGCGCCGCUUUAGCCGCCGCUUACUUCCAGCAGCAGCAGCAGCAGCGGCCGCCCUUCCGGCCCUCCUCCGCCUCCUACCGCCAAAACCCUACUUACCGCUCCCACCACCAGCAGGGGUGGUCUGUGACCGUGAACAACCCCGCUUUGAAGGCAGCACUCGCCGCGGCGCCGUGGCGCCGUAACUGCCCCUCAACAGGGCUCGAGAGGGUGGAGGUGACUGUGCUGAAAUGUUUGAUGCGGAAUUGGUGUCCCGAUUGAUGAUGCCAUUAGGACAACCACCGAAUAUUUUGAAUCCAACAUUGGUAUAACUGGAACGGGCCUUCGCAAGUGGAAAAAUCUAUUUCUCUGAAGAGACUUCAUGACUGUGAAGUAUGGGUAACUAGUCAAUUUUCAGCCAAGCAGUUCAGUACUCUUGGCCAUGAGAGUUUCCUCAAGUUUUUGGAAGGACAUGGUCAUGACAUCCCCCCUAAGUUGAGUAGUUUCUUAAACAGGGAGCUUUCGACUUCAUUUCAGGAUGUUUCUAUGGUGCAGCAACAAAUUGGAGUUUUACUCUACCAAGCUACCAAGCUGAGAGUAUCUGGCUGGAGAAUGGAAGAUUUUCAAUGGAGAGUAUCAUUAUGCUUCUAAAAAGGCAGUUCCCAACAAUCAUCAUUGACACAGCGCAAAAUAAACUAGGAGGACUUCUUGACACUAUUGAGGCCUAGAGAAAGCGCAUAUGACAAACACCAUCAAAUUUUCCAUCUCACUCUUGGAGAAACAUUGGUGUGGUAUUUUGCCUGCCAAUUCUGAUAAUGCUGAUGUGUUGAGGAAUGAUACUCAACUAUCUUAUCCUGCGUUAGUCUGUUCACAGGCAAUUAAAUGCUUACUCAAGGUCCCAUUGUUAUUCGAUCUGCUUCUUUGGUCUAACUGGGAUCUGCAUUUUGUUCCUUCACUGGGCUCCUUCAUGCAAUGGUUGCUUAAUGCAGGUUCAAUUCAAGAGUUGUCAUUCAUUGUUACAACUGAUGGUAGGUUCAUUAGAAUAGAUCC